AUGACCUUCGGGACAGACACGGUGGUGGCCUGGGGACGGAACGUGUCGGCGAACGGGCUGGCGGUGCUGGAGGGACACCCCUACCUGCACAGAGGGCUCGGUGUCACCUGGCCGGGGGACUGGGUGGCCGUGGCCAGCAGCCUGGGCGUGCGGGUGGCCUGGGACGGGCACCUGGCGGUGACGGUGACGGUGGAGCCUGAGCUGCGGGGGGGCACCGGGGGGCUCUGCGGCACCUACACCGACGACCCUGCAGACGACUUCGUGAGCCCCGAUGGGGACGUCGCUCCCUUUGCCGCCGCCUUUGGCAACGCCUGGAAGGUGCCGGCAGCUGGCACAGAGCCCCCAUGCAGGGACGUGCCGGAGGGUGGCUCCAGGUGUGGCCCAGGCGAGGUGGCACCUGCGGUGGCCACGUGCGGGCAGCUGCUGGCCCAGCCCUUCCAGCAGUGCCACGGCGAGGUGGACCCCAGCGGGUUCUAUGCGGCGUGUCUGGCGCUGCUGUGCGGGGACGGGGACCCUGGACCCCCGUCACCCCCCGACCCCCUGUCACCCCCCGACCCCCUGUCACCCCCCGACCCCCUUUCGCCCCCCGUCCCCCCGCCCCCCGCCGCCUGCGACACCUUCUCCGCGUACUCCCGGGAGUGCUCCCGCCGCCAGGUCCAUGUCCCCUGGCGCCGUCCCGGCUUCUGCGAGCGCCGCUGCGGCGCCGGGCAGCGCUUCUCCGACUGCGUGUCCCUGUGCCCGGUCACCUGUGUCACCGCGGGCAGCGCCGAGGAGGGGACGUGCCAGCGCCACUGCCACGGCGGCUGCGAGUGCGGCCCGGGGCUGGCCCGGGACGGGGACGGCUGUGUCCCCCCCGCCGCCUGCCCCUGCCACCACCGGCGACAGCGCUACGGGCCCGGCCAGAGCAUCCGCCAGCGCUGCAACCGCUG